UGUGAAUGCUCCCUACAGUCAAUAGACAUCACCAGUAGUGUUUGUGGAACAGGUUUUAUUAAAGGGACAGCUGUAAAUACAGUAUUGAGCUAUGUUCAUGGUAUCCGCAAUUAUCAACACAACAGACGUACAGGACAACGGUAUUUACUAGUCAGACAGAUAAAUUGUGUCUUGAGGAAAUAGAUAGGAUUUUGUAUUUUUGUUCCAGAGAAUUUAGGGAGUGGGACUGACUGAUUAGGUUCUUUGAUAAGAAUGACUUCUAACAGUACUUGUGAUAUUGAGGAUGAAGUGAGGAAAUCUAUAAAGGAUUUCCGCUUCCGGAAGAGCCAGAAAAAUGCCGCGUUAAUACUCAAAGUCAAUCGUCAGGAACAGAAGGUCUGCCUGGAUGAGAUAAUAGAGGACACCCAAAUUGAAGAUUUACAAGAAAUAAUUCCAAGUCACGAGCCUCGUUACAUCGUAUACAGCUAUAAGAUGGAGCACAAGGACGGUCGAAUAUCCUUCCCCAUGUGUUUUAUUUUCUACACACCUCGAGACAUUCAAAUGGAGCUGCAAGUUCUGUACGCAAGUAUGAAAUUAAUUCUUCAGAAAGAAGUUGAGCUAACGCGUUGCUACGAAGUACGUGAACUAGAGGAACUCACCGAGGAAUGGCUCAAAGAGAAAUUAAUCAGAUGAAUGAAUUGUCAAUCUGCAUUUGUGAUAUCCAAAUUCAUACGGUUUUUAUUACACAUUUAUAUUGUACUCGUGGAUUUGAUACUCAACACAUUUACAUGCUUUCUAUAAUAAAAAAUAAUUAGUCGUAGA